CCAACCACGUCAGGGAAACGACCAGGGGCCGACCCGUUUCUAGGCCGGGGGUCAGCCCAGGAUAAUGCGGCCUUGCCCAUAAACUGUGUUCAGCCCACAGCAGUCUUCGUAAAGGCACGAUUGGGCGAACAUGAGCGAAAAUGUUUAGUGGACACAGGUGCAACGGUGUCGUUAGUCAGCAGAGAAUUCAUUAGUGGACCCUUAAAGCCAUGUUCUUUGAGGGCAAGAGGGAUUGGCGGGGAGGACCUACAUGUGUUGGGAUCAACGGACUUGCAUGUUUGCCUUGGGAUGUCAAAGGUCUCCCAUCAGUUUCUGGUCGUGGGUAUGAGAAACACUUGCAUUUUGGGUGCUGAUUUCUUAAAAUCGGGGGGAAUGGUUGUGGACAUAGCGAACUCGAAGCUUUCGUGGAAGACAGGGGAAGCAGAAUUAAUCGUUGAGACAACUUCCCCAACUGUGAACAAGCUAAGUGUACUGCUCGAAAGUUAUUCAGACAUUUUUGUAAACGGGCCGAGCGAUCCCUUAGGCUUAACUACCAGGGCGGAACACGCGAUUGAUACAGGGGAUAGUCGCCCAGUGAAGCAAAGGCCCUAUCGGAUUCCCGUUCAUCUCACAAAGUCGUGA